AUGCCACCCAGCGCACCAAUUCAAGACAUUGACGACACCGCCAAUGCAAUUCUGCCGGUUUUGUACUCCUCGACAGACGAUGAAAUCGGUAUCUGGUGAGAAUUUGAUUCUGAAUUUCAUAAUGAAUUCGCGGAUUUCUUUAGGCGUGAGGUGCUGGCUUCCAAAAAAACAAGUGCAAACCAAGGAAGCGCUGUGAUUGUCCUCGGCGAUAAUAGAUGCGGCAAGUCGUCAUUGCUCUCUCGACUCGACAAAGCAGAUAGAUCUGUGAAGCCGAAGUCUCUUCUUGGAUACCGCGUUCUCCAUGUGCAAAACGAUGCACGAGACGCAAGCUACGCUUAUCAACUGGGAACUGCUGGUGCCAAUCUGAAUCCCUCGGAACUUCUCCAAAUUCCUGUUUGGACGCUGGACGGAACCGAAUCAUGCGCUUCUCUUUUGAAGCACGCGUUGCCCGCUUCUCCAGCUGAAACAAUCUUUGUUCUUUCUGCGAGCAUCGACAACCCCAGUAAAUCGUUUCUGGAAUAGCAAAGGCCAAUUGCUCGUUUGUUUCAGAUCUUAUUCAUUCCUUAAAUAGAUGGGCAAAUGUGUGCAGUGAACAGGCGAAAAAACACUUCUCAAACGAAGACCUGAAAGCUGGAAGAAAACAACGUAAGUUUUGUGAUAAAUUUUAAUAAUGUAGUUUCUUCAGAGGAACGCCUCUGGCAAGAGUACGUGGACCCGGUGGAGUCCCAGAUGAGCACUUCCGUCGUUGGAAACUUCUCCGACGAGCACAACUUACUUCCUCUCGAUUCCGGAACUCUUGUUGAGAACUUCGGAGCUACUUUCAUGGUUGUCAUUACUAAAUCCGAUCUGGGUAAUCGACUUGUCGAAAACGCAUAACAACGUUCUGUGAAAGUUUUAGGAAAAGAGUUCACUGAGUCACAGUUCGCGAAGAUUAUUGUCGCUUUACGCAAACUGUGCCUCAAACUUGGAGCUACUCUCGUGUUCACAAGCGCGAAAGAAUCGAAGAAUAUUCAAGUGCUCCAGAAGUAUAUUGUGCAUCGCUCUUUCGGAACUGCUUUCACCAGUGCUGCCCAGGUCAUCGAGAGGGAAUCGAUCUUUGUCCCGGCCGGUUGGGACGGCGAGAAGAAAAUAGAUAUUAUCAGAGUGAGUGACUCUCGAAAUUACGGUUUUCUUACCGUUUUGCGAUUGUUAGGAGUCGGUUCCGGAUGCUGACGGAACUCUUGAGCCAACUCGUGACAAGCUGAGGCCAAUGGCGAAAGAACAGUUGAUCGAAGCGGAAGAGGAUCAAGACUUUCUCAAGAAACUGAUGGACACGUUGGCGGCAACAACGAACACCGGCACUCAGCAGAAAAGAAUUGUUCCCGAAGAAGCCGCCGAUAAGGACAGUCCGCUUGCCAACUUCUUUUCCAACCUUCUCAAGGUACUCCCAACCCCAAUUACAUUGCUUCAAUCAUCGCUUACAGGAUAAGCCUGGGAAGCCGAACUCUCCCUCGAUCGCUUCUCAGCCAAUGGAAGCAACUGCUGCCCAGCUCGACCGUAUUCUCAAGUCUGCACAGGGCAGCAAACCCCAAACGGACAGUGACGCAUAA